CAGGCGCUACGUCACGGCCCGGUUCAAAGGGUGCACGCCCUGCCCUCCAUCCGCAGCCCGAGCUUGUCCUCCUUAUCAGGUGGACGCGCUGCAGGGAGUUGGCCACUCCAGCCUCAGUCCACCUGGGAAAACACCUUCCUUCUUCUUCCUGACAGCCGAGUACCAACAAGCUUUGCCGAGAUGCCCAAAACGGUCAAUGUUCGCGUCACCACCAUGGACGCAGAGCUGGAGUUUUCCUUCCAUCCCAACACCACAGGGAAGCAGCUCUUCGACCAGGUGGCCAGGACCAUCGGACUACGUGAGACUUGGUACUUUGGGCUCCAGUUUGUGGAUGGCAAAGGUUUCAUCACGUGGCUCAACUCCGACAAAAAGGUGAUGUCCCAGGACGUGAAGAAGGAGACCCCCCUGCAGUUCAAGCUGAGGGCCAAGUAUUACCCGGAGGACGUGUCGGAGGAGCUGAUCCAGGACGUCACGCGGAGGCUCUUCUACCUGCAGGUGAAGGAGGACAUUCUCGGGGAGGAGGUCUACUGUCCCCCCGAGUCGGCCGUCCUCCUGGCGUCCUACGCCAUCCAAGCCAAAUACGGCGAGUACAAGAAGUCGGUGCACCACCCGGGUUACAUGUCCUCGGAGCGUCUUCUGUCCCGCAGAGUCCUGGAGCAACACAGUCUGUCCAAGGAGCAGUGGGAGGACAAGAUCCAGGUCUGGCAUGAGGAGCAUGCAUCCAUGAUGAAGGACGAGGCCAUGAUCGAAUACCUGAAGAUCGCUCAGGACUUGGAGAUGUACGGCAUCAACUACUUUGAGAUCAAGAACAAGAAGGGCACAGACCUGUGGUUGGGCGUGGACGCUCUGGGCCUCAACAUCUACGAGAAGGAGGACAGGAUGACCCCAAAGAUCGGCUUCCCCUGGAGUGAAAUCAGGAACAUUUCCUUCAAUGAUAAGAAGUUCAUCAUCAAGCCGAUCGACAAGAAGGCUCCUGAUUUCAUCUUCUACGCGCCCCGCCUGCGAGUCAACAAGCGCAUCCUGCAGCUGUGCAUGGGCAACCACGAGCUGUACAUGCGACGCCGCAAGACCGACACCAUCGAGGUGCAGCAGAUGAAGGCCCAGGCCAAGGAGGAGAGGCUGCAGAAGAAGAUGGAGAGGGAUCAGCUGGAGGGAGAGAAGAAGAGGAGGGAGGCCAUUGAGAAGGAGAAGGACCAGAUGGAAAAGGAGAAGCAGGAUCUGAUGAUAAAACUCCAACAGUACGAGGAGACCACCAGGAGGGCUGAGAGGGAGCUCCAGGAGCAGCUGGACAGGGCGAUGAGGUUGGAGGAGGAGAGGAGGAAGGUGGAGCAGGAGGCGGCCCGGCUGGAGGCCGAGAGGAUGGAGGCCAUCAUCGCCAAAGAGGAGCUGGCCAGGCAAGCCGAGGACCAGAUGAAGAGCCAGGAGCAGCUGGCCACGGAGCUGGCCGAGUACAGCGCCAAGAUCUUACUCCUGGAGGAGGCCAAGCGGGCCAAGGAGGAGGAGGCCGACACGUGGCACAUCAAGGCUAAAGAGGUGGAGGAGAACCUGAUGAAGACGCAGGAGGAGCUGCGUCACGUGAUGACCAGCUCCGUUCCCGCCGCCGCGCCGGCCUCCUCCUGCUCGUCGGACAGCGAAAGCGACCACGAGCACAGCGAGGAGAACAGCACCUACAGCGCUGAGCUGCACAUGCAAGGCAUCAACGACCACCGCCAGGAGGAGGAGAGGCUCACCGAGGCCGAGAAGAACGAGCGCCUGCAGGCCAAACUCAGGGCCCUGAGCUCCGAGCUGGAGGAGUCCCGGGACGAGAACAAGAAGACCCGCGACGACCUGCAGCACGCCGAUAACGUGCGGGUCGGCCGCGACAAGUACAAGACACUGCGGCAGAUCCGCCAGGGCAACACGAAGCAGAGAAUCGACGAGUUCGAGGCCUUGUAGGAGCCUGGGGGAGGUUGUCUAAAUAUAAAUACCUCAUGAAGGGGAGGGCCUUGGUGUGAUUGCCGUGUAAGCACUCGAAUGUCUCCGCUCGGCUGCAUUUUAAAACUAACAAUGUACUGUACAAAUGAUAUUGCAACACAAUUCAAAGUGUGUAGUUUUGAGCAGCUGUUUCCCAAAAUGAAAACAAAUAUUUUAUUUUUCUUAUGAGUAAAUUUUGUGUCUAAUCAGCCUCACAAUUAAUCAAAAAAAAGAGUAUCAAUAAAAGUUAUUGUUGCCUAUUUUAUUCAUACUUUCCCAAGUCAGUGUACAGCCAUCAGUGAGUGGGAGGAUAAUCCUGUCUUGGUCUGGGGAUGUGUGAGUGCCACAAUUUUAAUUUUUAAUUUUUAAUUUUAAAAUGUUAAUUUUAAAAUUUUAAUUUUUAAUUUUAAAAUUUUAAUUUUAAAAUUUUAAUUUGUGUUUUAAAAUUAAAAUUAAAUUACAUUUUUUUACCAUUUUUUUAAACUAACAAUGUACUGUACAAAUGAUAUUGCAACACAAUUCAAAGUGUGUACUUUUGAGCAGCUGUUUCCAAAAUGAAAACAAAUAUUUUAUUUUUCUUAUGAGUAAAUUUUGUGUCUAAUCAGCCUCACAAUUCAUAAAAAAAAGAGUAUCAAUAAAAGUUAUUGUUGCCUAUUUUAUUCAUACUUUCCCAAGUCAGUGUACAGCCAUCAGUGAGUGGGAGGAUAAUCCUGUCUUGGUCUGGGGAUGUGUGAGUGCCACAAUUUUAAUUUUUAAUUUUUAAUUUUAAAAUUUUAAUUUUAAAAUUUUAAUUUGUGUUUUAAAAUUAAAUUACAUUUUUUAAACCAUUUUUUUUAAACUAACAAUGUACUGUAC